GAUGGAUUGUCAGGGUGGCGAAGAUGAAGAAGGAGGAGUUGCCCCAGAGUUGGACAGUUGUUCUUAUAUUCGAUGGGAAUUUUGCGCAGAAACAUCUUGUAAACACGGUUUCUAUUUAUGUAGUAGAGAAAGAUAUUGUAUAUCAAUUGAGCAAAUGUGUGAUGGAGUCAACCAAUGUCCACUAGGAGAUGAUGAAUACAAUUGUGGAAAUUUUCAACUACAAGGAUUUUUUAAAUGUAGAAAUCAAAUGAAAUUUAUAUCUCAUGAAAAGAUGGUAUUAUACUCAUUCAUCAAUUCACCUAUUAGCAUCAUAACUGAAUUUUGCGGGGAAAAGGAGGAGAGAGAACAAAGAAGAAAAGCUGAUGUGUAA